AUGGAGCUCCUAUCUUCACCUUCUUCAGUUUUUCCUGGGAAUGCACUGCUUUUGGUGCGGCGGCGUCUAUGCGGGUGGAAGAAGAUCCAUACUAGAUUUGGAUUGGUUGUAGGACCUUUGAGAAGUACAUGUUACCACAAGAACUUGAGAAAUGGAAGUGGAUGUUUCUCUAAGAGAAGAGACAUUUCCAUUUCUUGUUCGGCCGGUGUUGAUAAAGACUCGUAUGUUCCUUCGAAUGAGAAGCCAACUGAUUCAAGAGUCAUUUAUGCUGUAGCUCCAGCCAUGGGACACAAUCAGGAAUCUCAUCCGGAGUCCCAUCUUAGAGUCCCUUCAAUUGUGAAUGCUCUCGAAAAGAUGGAGCUCACACCAAAGUUCCGUGGCUCAGCGAUUAUGGAACUCAGAGAAUUCAAGCCCGCUUCAAUAGAUGACAUUGCAAGCGUUCAUACAAGGAACUAUGUAACGGGCCUUGAGAAGGCUAUGGAUCGGGCUUCAGAGCAGGGCAUUAUUUUCAUUGAAGGCUCUGGACCAACAUAUGCUACUGCAAAUACAUUCGAGGACUCACUAAUUGCAGCUGGAGCAGGGAUUUCCUUAGUUGAUUCAGUGGUUGAAGCAUCAAAGCUAAGCCAGAAUCAGCCUAUAGGUUUUGCUUUGAUAAGACCUCCCGGACAUCAUGCUAUCCCAAAGGGGCCAAUGGGGUUCUGCGUUUUUGGAAAUGUGGCCAUAGCUGCUCGUUAUGCUCAACGUGUACACGGCUUGAAGCGCAUCUUUAUCAUCGAUUUUGAUGUUCAUCAUGGGAAUGGCACAAAUGAUGCUUUCUACGAGGACCCUGAUAUAUUUUUUCUUUCAACUCACCAGGACGGAAGCUACCCGGGUACGGGUAAAAUUGAUCAGAUAGGCCAAGGAGAUGGGGAAGGAACAACUCUAAAUCUACCUCUACCAGGAGGCUCAGGUGAUAUUGCCAUGAGAACUGUGUUUGAUGAAGUUAUUGUACCGUGUGCUCAAAGUUUUAAGCCGGAUAUUAUUCUGGUCUCUGCAGGGUAUGAUGCUCAUGUAUUGGAUCCACUCGCCAGCCUGCAAUUUACAACAGGGACAUACUACAUGCUUGCGUCCAACAUUCAACAACUUGCCAAAGAUCUAUGCGGCGGUCGAUGCGUGUUCUUCUUGGAAGGAGGAUACAACCUCGAUUCUCUUUCACACUCUGUCGUAGACUCGUUCCGCGCCUUUCUCGGAGAGCCAAGCUUGGCAUUGGAGUUUGACAACCCUGCUAUAUUGUAUGAAGAACCAUUGACCAAGGUUAAGAGAGCUAUUGAGAAAGUAAAACACUUGCAUACCUUGUGAAGAUGCAAUAUGUUGCUUACCUGUUUCUGACUUCUGUAAGUAUAGUUUUUGCAUAAUUGACCACAUCUUAUAGAUAUUUGUAAAUGCUUAAAAAA